AUGUCGUCACUCUCAGCAAGCGCUGAAAAUUUGUCCAGCGAUCAGAAUAACGAUGGUUCGUCAAUGUGCCUGGAGCUGGCGCUGGAGGGUGAACGGCUGUGUAAAUCCGGCGACUGCCGAGCGGGUGUGGCUUUCUUCCAGGCGGCCAUCCAAGCCGGUACGGACGACCUGCGAACGCUCAGUGCCAUCUACAGCCAGCUCGGGAACGCGUACUUCUACCUGGGCGACUACACGAAAGCGAUGCAGUACCACAAGCACGAUCUCACGCUGGCCCGUUCGAUGAACGACCGGCUGGGUGAGGCCAAAUCAUCCGGCAACCUUGGCAACACGCUUAAGGUGAUGGGCCGGUUCGACGAGGCGGCCAUCUUCUGCCAACGGCAUCUCGCGAUCGCACGCGUCCUCGAGGAUCGGCUGUCGGAGGGCCGCGCUCUGUACAACCUCGGCAACGUGUACCACGCCAAGGGCAAACAGCUCGGGCAGAAGGAUCCGGGCGACUUUUCGACCGAGGUGCAGGACUCGCUGCUGAAGGCGGUCGACUUCUAUCAGCAGAACCUGCGGUUGAUGCGCGAGCUGGGUGACCGAGGGGCGCAGGGGCGAGCGUGCGGGAACCUGGGCAACACGCACUAUCUGCUGGGCGAGUUCGAGACGGCGAUCGAGCACCACCAGGAGCGGUUGCGAAUAGCGCGCGAGUUCGGUGAUAAGGCGGCCGAGCGGCGAGCAAACAGCAACCUGGGCAAUUCUCACAUCUUUCUGGGCCAUUUCGAGCUGGCGGCUAAUCACUACAAGCGCACGCUGUCAUUAGCGAUCGAGCUCGGCGAACGGGCGGUGGAAGCGCAAGCCUGCUACAGUCUCGGCAACACGUACACGCUGCUGCGCGAUUUCCCCACGGCCAUCGAUUACCACCAGCGCCAUCUGGCGAUCGCGCAGGAGCUUGCCGAUCGCAUCGGAGAGGCACGUGCCUGCUGGAGCCUCGGAAAUGCCCACACCUCGAUCGGGAACCACGAGAAAGCGCUGCAUUACGCCAACUCGCACUACCUGCUGGCGAAGGAGCUGGGCGAUAUGGUAGGCGAAAAUACGGCCCGUGCCAACAUGUCGGAUCUACGCAAGAUGCUAGGCUUACCGGAUUUACCUCCGGCGGAGAGCAGCAGUAGCACUGGUGAUGGCAGCUCCAACAUUAUGCACCAUGCGGGUGUGGGUUUGGCGGAUGGAACGGAUGGUGAACGGGCUGGCCGGCACCUGGAGCACCACCAGCAGCACCACGGGCAGGCAGUGAAAGCGAACGUCCUUGCGGCUAUCAAACAACAUCGCUUGCGCCGGCAAAGCAUGGAACAGCUAGACCUAAUUAAGCUAACGCCGGAUGGUAAAAAAUUGGCCCAACAUAACGUGCAGGAGCACCAAGCGGGCGCGAACGCUCACAACCCGGGUCCACCGUCGCAACCGACGAAGGUGAAAAAGAACGAAAACAGCUUCAAAAACAACGACGAAGAUUUCUUCGAUCUGUUGACGCGAUCGCAGAGCAAGCGUAUGGACGAUCAGCGUUGCACACUGAAGCUCACGCACGCAGAAAGUGUUGAUUCCGCAAGGAAACCUCUCACGCAACACAACAGCAACAACCCACCGGCGGGCAAGGAGAACAGGAACGUGCUCCUGGAAAUGAUAGCACAUUUCCAAUCGGAACGAAUGGAUGAACAACGAGCUCUACUACCCGGGCUGAAGCGUAUAUCGCUCGGUAAUGCCAACAUUAGCCGUCCCACGAACAACAACGAGUCUGGUACCGGCUCGACAACACCGGAAGAUCCGGUUGCCAUCGGUACGCCACCGGACGAUGCGUUCCUGGACAUGUUGAUGAGAUGUCAGGGUUCACGAAUCGAGGAGCAACGAUCGGAGCUGCCAACGCCAAACAUUACGCUCGAUGCCGAGGCAAGCGACAACCGAGCGGUCGCACCAUCGAGUGUCACCUCAAACAGUGGGGCGACCGUACCGGAUGAAGAUUUCUUUUCGCUUAUCAUGCGCCUGCAGGGAGGCCGCAUGGAAGAUCAACGUGCCACCGUUCCGUUGAACAACAACUUGAACCGCAGCGCCGCCAGUGGUCAGCAGCCGAACCACGCCAGCAGCAAUGGUAAUGGGAACAGCCACAAUGGCGCUAGUGGAGGAAACGGACCGAACAACAGCACUGCCAGCAAUAGCAAUGUGACGAAUGGAAACAACCCGGCCCCGAGUGCCGGAACGGCCACCGGUGGUGGCGUUAAUCCGAGCGUUGGGAAAGGCUUGAAAUGA